CCCUGCCCAGGAGGUAGACAGAUGGGGAAACCAAGGCCAGGGCUAGGGUGUUUGCUUCUCCUACUCACUCCUCAGCUUUUUGGGCUGGGGACCCCAGUGGACAGUGGGGUGUUCACUGCAGGGAGGGCCGUGGGCUCAUGGCAGGACUGAUCCUGAUCCAGGGCAGCCCUGUGCCCAGGCUGGCUCCUUUCUCUCCCCACCUCUGAACCCCCAAAGCCCCCUGGGGCCGCAGCACCGGCAGCCCCCCAGUCACACCCCUGCACUUGGACACAGGCCCCAGAGCCCCAACGGCUGGCCUGCCUGCAAGGGGGGAUGACUCGGUGGGGCGGGCCCUGGGCUGGGGAGGGCGGAGCACCCCAGCUUUAAAGGGCUCCCCAGGCUCCCACCCCUGCCUCACUGCCUCCCACCGCGCUGCGCUCCUCACCAUGGCAGAGACUGCCAAGCUCCAGCUGUUUGUCAAGGCCAGCGAGGACGGUGAGAGCGUGGGACACUGCCCUUCUUGCCAGCGGCUCUUCAUGCUCCUGUUGCUCAAGGGUGUGCCCUUCACCCUCACCACGGUGGACACUCGCAGGUCCCUGGAUGUGCUCAAGGACUUUGCACCCGGCUCGCAGUUGCCUAUCCUUCUCUACGAUGGCGACGCCAAAACGGACACAUUGCAGAUCGAAGAGUUUCUGGAGGAGACACUGGGGCCACCUGAAUUCCCCAGCCUGGCACCUCGGUACAGGGAGUCCACCACGGCAGGCAACGACGUCUUUCACAGGUUCUCCGCGUUCAUCAAGAACCCAGUGCCCGCUCAGGACAAUGCUCUGUACCAGCUGCUGCUGCGCGCCCUCACCAGACUGGACGGCUACCUGCGCAGGCCCCUUGAACACGAGCUGGCACAGGAGCCACAGCUUCAGGAGUCACGCCGCCGCUUCCUGGACGGCGACCAGCUCACGCUGGCCGACUGCAGCCUGCUGCCCAAGCUGUACAUCAUGGAUACGGUAUGUACACACUUCCGCCAAGUGCCCAUACCCGCUGAGCUGUGCGGCGUCCGCCGCUACCUGGAGAGCGCGCUGCAGGUGAAGGAGUUCAAGUACACGUGCCCAUGCAGUGCUGAGAUCCUGGCGGCCUACCGGAUGGCCGUACACCCCCGCUAUCCCCUCCCCACUGCUGACCGCCACCCUGUCUGCUUUUCUACAGCCCCAUAAAGGCAUGUCUGCCCCAA